UUGAAUACAUGAUUCUUGCCACCAUCAUAGCAAACUGCAUAGUUCUGGGCUUAGAGCAGCAUUUACCUGCAUUAGACAAGACCCCCAUGUCAAAGCGGCUGGAUGACACGGAACCCUACUUCAUUGGAAUAUUUUGUUUCGAGGCUGGGAUCAAGAUCAUCGCCCUAGGCUUUGCUUUUCAUAAAGGCUCCUAUCUUCGCAAUGGGUGGAAUGUAAUGGAUUUUGUUGUCGUGUUGACAGGAAUUCUCACCAUAGUGGGACCAGAUUUCGAUUUGCGGACGCUCAGGGCAGUCAGAGUCUUGCGGCCACUCAAACUGGUGUCGGGAAUUCCCAGUCUCCAAGUGGUUCUGAAGUCCAUCAUGAAAGCCAUGGUACCUCUGCUUCAGAUAGGUCUUCUGCUCUUCUUUGCUAUCCUCAUGUUUGCCAUCAUCGGGCUAGAUUUCUACAUGGGGAAGUUUCACCGCGCCUGCUUCAGAAAUGAUACCGGGGAACAGGCAUCCGAAUUCCCCUGUGGGCUUGAGCAACCAGCGCGGACCUGUGACAUUGACAGCAUAUGUCGAGAAUACUGGAUUGGCCCAAAUUUUGGCAUAACUAACUUUGACAACAUCCUGUUUGCUGUGCUCACUGUUUUCCAAUGUAUCACUAUGGAAGGAUGGGUGGAUAUCCUUUACAAUGCCAACGAUGCCUCAGGGAAUACCUGGAACUGGCUCUACUUCAUCCCUCUCAUCAUCAUAGGCUCUUUCUUCAUGCUCAACCUUGUUCUGGGGGUUCUGUCAGGGGAGUUUGCAAAGGAGCGAGAGCGUGUGGAGAAAAGGCAGGAGUUCCUGAAGCUGCGCAGACAACAACAGAUUGAAAGAGAGCUGACUGGCUACCUGGAGUGGAUCUGCAAGGCAGAGGAAGUAAUGCUUGCUGAGGAGGAUAAAAACGCAGAGGAGAAGGAGGAUAGUGCCUGGUACAAGAGGAAAUGCAACAACCCAGUAUUAAAGAGAGCAAAAAAGAGCAAAAAUGACCUUAUCAGCGCAGAGGAGUGUGAAGACCAUUUCACAGACAUCUCAUCAGUCGCUCCCCAGGGUUCUCCAUUCACCCGUACAAGCGUGAAGAGCAGCAAGAAUGAGAGCUCGUCAUACUUUCGCAGAAAAGAGAAGAGGUUUCGCUUCUUCAUUCGCCGUAUGGUGAAGGCCCAGAGCUUUUACUGGACCGUACUCUGUAUAGUGGGAUUGAACACACUGUGUGUGGCUAUAGUCCACUAUGACCAGCCCGAAUGGCUUACAUACGCUCUGUAUUUGGCGGAGUUUGUGUUUCUCGGUCUGUUUCUAAUAGAGAUGAGUCUAAAGAUGUAUGGCCUCGGGCCCAGGACCUACUUUCACUCCUCAUUUAACUGCUUUGACUUUGGGGUGAUUGUGGGAAGCAUUUUCGAGGUAAUCUGGGCAGCAGUAAAACCAGGAGCUUCUUUUGGCAUCAGCGUGUUGCGAGCGUUACGUUUGUUAAGAAUAUUCAAGGUUACAAAGUAUUGGAACUCUUUGCGAAAUCUGGUGGUAUCUCUGCUCAAUUCCAUGAAGUCCAUCAUCAGUCUCCUGUUCCUCCUGUUUCUCUUCAUUGUGGUUUUUGCUCUGCUGGGGAUGCAGCUCUUCGGUGGACAGUUUAAUUUUGACGACGAGACGCCGACUACCAACUUUGACACAUUUCCUGCUGCUAUUCUGACAGUGUUUCAGAUCUUGACAGGAGAGGAUUGGAACGCUGUGAUGUAUCAUGGAAUUAAAUCUCAGGGAGGAGUGCACACGGGAAUGUUCUGCUCCGUGUACUUUAUUGUCCUCACGCUGUUUGGAAACUACACCUUACUGAAUGUCUUUUUAGCCAUUGCUGUUGAUAACCUGGCUAAUGCACAAGAACUUACCAAGGAUGAGGAGGAACAAGAGGAGGCCAUCAGUAAGAAACUGGCUCUACAGAAAGCCAAGGAAGUAAAGGAGGUCAGCCCUAUGUCGGCCGCUACCAUUUCCCUGACAGCUUUUAUAAGGCCAAAUCCUGGUGCUCUUUCAUGCAGUUCCUCCAACUCCAGCUCUCAUUCACCCAAAGAACAGCAACGAUCCCUCAAGAUGAUGUCCGUGUGGGAGCAACGCACCACCCAAAUCCGUAAGCACAUGCAGGCCAGCAGCGAGGCAUUGUACCAGGAGGAGCUCCACCCCCGUCUAACUUCUGAACUUCACCUUCGCCCAGACAUCAAAACUCACUUGGACCGGCCUUUGGUGGUGGAACCUCGUUGUGAUGGUCCCGUUAGCCCCGGGACAGACUGGGACAAGCCCCAGGAUUUGAUAGGGGAAGUCGGCACACCAGAGGAAAGAGAUGCCCCUAUUAUCGAACCCCCACAGUCCCACCCACCACGCAAGCACCACCGUCACCGGGACCGGUCCUCCCAUGAAAACGGUGACACUGGCAUGUGCAGACAUCAUGUUCAUCACAGUCGGAGCAAAGAGCACGAUGGGACCCGAUAUAAAGAGGGAAAGAGUGACAGGAGCCGGAGCAGAGAGGGAGGCCAUAGACAUCAUCACCAGAGCUCGGUUGAUGAAGGAGUUGGGGAAAAGGAACAUCGUCACCAUCACUCCCACAGACAUAACAGGGAGGGCAAUGGAGUGAUCAGCACUGGAGGCAAGUGUGAAAGGAGGUCCAGGCAUAAGGAGGGCUCACGUUCAGGAACGAGGGAAGGGGAGAGGUGUUGCAGAGGGGAGAACGGAGGUAACGGAGGGAAAAGGAGGCACAGGCCCCGCACCAGUAAAGCUCAGUCCACGCUGGAGGGGGAAGAGGAACAAGUAAAUGGAGAGAAAGAGGAGGGCAAGUCGCAAAGCCAAAGCUCCAGACACAUGGACAUAGGAGGAGAUUCACUCACUGUGGACCCCCAUCAUCCCCCAGUCGGCAACAGGUGGUGCCUUGAGAAACCAGAGGAAUCAGACAACAAGCGGAACAUUGAUCAGACUGGAGGAAUGGGAACACACAUUCCUGUAACCAUCACAUCUCCACCUGGAGAGACAUUGCUAAUACCAAUGAACAGUAUAGACAGUGAGACCGUGCCCAUGACUGAAAAGAAUCUGGAGGAUCUACACCAAAGUGGCCCUCGUCCCAUCCUCCCCUUCAGCUCCAUGUUCAUCUUUAACCCAACCAAUCCAGUAAGGCGUCUGUGUCACUACAUAGUGAGUUUGCGAUACUUUGAGAUGUGUAUCCUGGUUGUGAUUGCCAUGAGCAGUAUAGCUCUGGCUGCUGAGGACCCGGUCCAAGCCAAUGGAGCUCAUAACAAUGUGUUGAAGUAUUUGGACUACGUCUUCACUGGUGUUUUUACAUUUGAGAUGAUUAUUAAGAUGGUGGAUUUAGGUUUAUUGCUGCAUCCCGGUUCCUACUUUAGAGAUCUGUGGAAUAUUUUGGACUUCAUCGUGGUCAGUGGUGCGCUGGUGGCGUUCGCAUUCUCAGGGACCAAGGGAAAAGACAUCAACACCAUCAAGUCCCUGAGGGUGUUGCGAGUUUUGAGGCCCCUGAAGACCAUUAAACGUCUGCCAAAACUGAAGGCCGUGUUCGAUUGUGUGGUAAACUCGCUGAAGAACGUGUUGAAUAUCCUCAUCGUUUACAUCCUCUUCAUGUUCAUCUUUGCCGUCAUUGCUGUGCAGCUCUUCAAGGGAAAGUUCUUCUACUGCACAGAUGAAUCCAAAGGCCUGGAGAAAGACUGCAGGGGGCUGUUCUUGGAUUAUGAUAAGGACGAUGUGGCGGCUCAGCCCAGAGAGUGGAAGAAAUAUGAGUUUCACUAUGACAAUGUGCUUUGGGCAUUUCUCACUCUCUUCACUGUUUCCACUGGAGAAGGCUGGCCCACGGUUUUGAAGCAUUCUGUGGAUGCCACAUUUGAAGACCAAGGUCCCAGUCCAGGCUACCGGAUUGAGAUGGCCAUCUUCUACGUUGUCUACUUUGUGGUUUUCCCCUUCUUCUUCGUCAACAUUUUUGUGGCCUUAAUAAUCAUCACAUUUCAGGAACAGGGUGAUAAAGCCCUGUCAGAAUGCAGUCUUGAAAAGAAUGAGAGAGCCUGCAUCGACUUUGCAAUAAAUGCCAAGCCGCUGACCCGCUACAUGCCACAGAAGCAGCAGUCCUUUCAGUACCGCAUGUGGAAGUUUGUGGUCUCGCCACCUUUUGAGUACUCCAUCAUGAUCAUGAUUGCCCUCAACACUGUGGUCCUGAUGAUGAAGUUCUACAGGGCACCUGAGUUUUAUGAAGCAAUGCUGAAGUAUCUCAACAUCGUCUUCACUGCUCUGUUUUCAAUGGAGUGUGUCCUCAAGAUUAUUGCGUUCGGACCCUUGAAUUACCUGAAAGACGCCUGGAAUGUGUUCGACUUUGUGACUGUGCUGGGAAGCAUCACUGACAUCUUAGUCACUGAGAUUAAAGACCGUUUACUGAAUCUGAGCUUUCUGAGGCUCUUCAGAGCAGCCAGACUCAUCAAACUUCUUCGGCAGGGAUAUACCAUUCGCAUCCUGCUCUGGACUUUCGUCCAGUCUUUUAAGGCCCUGCCUUAUGUUUGCCUUUUAAUCGCCAUGCUGUUUUUCAUCUAUGCCAUUAUUGGAAUGCAGGUGUUUGGGAACAUUGAGAUGAAUGAAGACACCGCCAUCAAUCAUCACAAUAACUUUCGCACUUUCCUCCAAGCGCUUAUGCUACUGUUCAGGAGUGCCACCGGUGAGGCCUGGCACGAGAUCAUGCUGUCCUGUCUGAGCGAGCGGAUGUGCGACGAAGGCUCGGGGACCCACGGCAAGGAGUGUGGCAGCGAUUUUGCCUACUUCUACUUUGUGUCCUUCAUUUUCCUCUGCUCCUUCCUGAUGUUGAACUUGUUUGUGGCUGUCAUCAUGGACAACUUUGAGUAUCUGACACGUGACUCCUCCAUCCUGGGUCCUCACCACCUGGAUGAGUUUAUCCGAGUAUGGGCGGAGUAUGACCCGGCUGCAUGUGGCCGUAUCAAGUACCGCGAUAUGUAUGAGAUGCUGCUCCACAUGUCCCCACCGUUAGGUUUGGGAAAGAAAUGUCCUCCACGAAUCGCCUACAAGCGGCUGGUGAAAAUGAACAUGCCUAUUGCAGACGACAACACUGUGCAUUUCACGUCCACCCUGAUGGCUCUGAUCCGCACCGCCCUGGAGAUCAAACUAGCGUCAGGCAUGGUGGCACAACGUCUGUCAGACGCUGAACUGAAGAAGGAGCUUGCCACGGUCUGGCCCAACCUGUCUCAGAAGACUAUGGACCUGCUGGUCACUCCACACAAAUCCAAUGAGCUCACAGUGGGAAAGGUGUAUGCGGCUCUUAUGAUCUUUGACUAUUACAAGCAGAACAGAGCCAAAAGGCUUCAGCUGCAACAACAGCAGCAGAGAGAACAGGCAGGACCUGGAUCUCAGAAUAAAGUCAGUGCUCUCCUAGAGCCCAUUCUUCCUUUAACCCACAUGCAAGAUAGGACCAUGAUCAGUGUAUUGGAUUCCUCCAAACCCAGCUCGACCACACUCAACGGACGCACACAUCUUGACAACACCAUUAAAGGAUCUUUAUCAUGGGCCUCAGAAAAGUCAAAGGACGUCCCCAAAUCUAAAAGACGGCCAAUCUCGAGGGGCCAAUCGGAGGAAGCCUCAAACGCAAACACUGCCCAGGAGUCGGUAGAAAUGAGGAAGAUGGAGAACAGUGCCAACACACCAAUUUCUGCCAACCUUGAGGUCCAAGGACGUGCAGUGUCCAUGCCAAAACUCAACGCAGAGAUGCAGAGGAGUCAUUCCCGUCAUUCUCCUGGAACUUUACUGGAACCCAUUCCAGAUUCCCCUAUGAGACGCUCGGCAUCCACUUUUGCACCCCAGCGCCCUCAGGAGGUCACUCUAAACGACUACACUGUGGAGAAACCCGUUCACGAACGACAUCACCACCAUCACCAUCAUCACAGAUGUCACCAUCGAAGAGAAAAGGAUAAGAGACAGAGAUCCCUGGACUGGUCGCCGACCGGUCACCACAAGGCUUCAGGCACGGCGGCUGACCCCGUCGAGGAGAGGGUUCACGACCGGGGUCGUUCUCACGAGAGGAAGCACCAUUCGUCAUCAGCAGACAGACAGCGGUAUUACUCCUGUGAUCGCUAUGGCAGUCGAGAACACUGUCCUAGCAAGAAUGCUGUGGCAAGCUGUGCCACCUCACCCAACGAAGCCCAGGAGGAAAAUCUUAACAAGCAGGGCAGCGGGUGGGCUAAAGGAAGCCCAGUGUUGUUGACCUCAGGGGCAAGCACUCCAAGUCGUGGGCGCAGACAGCUGCCCCAGACCCCUCUUACUCCUCGCCCCUCCGUGGCCUACAGGACUGCCAACUCCUCCCCUGUGCCCUUUCUGGGCUCUCAGACCGGCCUGCCUCCCCCGAGUCCCGGCAGGUUAAGUCGCGGGUUGUCCGAGCACAACGCCCUCUUACACAGCGGCUCCGUCUCCAGCUUGCCGACCGCCGUCAGUCGCAUUAACUCAGAACCUUUCCUGGGCCCUCCGGAUUACACCGCAGGCCUCCAGCCCGAAGCUUAUGCUGUCUUCCAAGAGGAUCCGAGUCCUCAGACAGGCCGGUCUCCUAGGACUGUAGGGAUGCCGAUUGUGGCAAUUCCUCCACCUCCACAACAGCAGUUCAGGGGGGUGCCAAACGGAUACCACUUCACCACGGGCUCCAGCAGGGGCAGGGCACGGCAGUACUACCCAGAGGCGGACGACUGGUGCUAGGACGGCUUUAUCGUACACACUGUUUUCUCUUUAUGAUGCUUUUUUUACAAUCAUGAUGAGUUUUAUCAUCUCUUACAGUACGUUGGAUGGUGUUCAAUACAGUGUAAAUGUUUGUGUACAUGUAUUUGUUUUCUCACUGUUCAUAAAAUGUACGCUGACCAGGCAGCAGAUGUGAGAUAAAAAGGGAGAAAUCGCCUCCCUUUUUUACUCCCAAAUUUGACCUGGAAAAUAUGAGAAAAUUGAAGUCCGAUGACCAGUACAAAAGCCCGACUGCACAUAUAGUACAUGAACCACAUUGUUCAUACAGCAGAUUGUUCAUAUUGCUGCUGAUUUAACAAAUCCUAGCACAUAUCACUAUGUGUGAAAUCUUUAGAAAUACCAUAGUGUACUUUGUUAUAUAUUAAAUUGUUGUAGAUAUUUUAUCUAUUGAUUUGUAUUGUAUAGAUGAACGGUUUUACUGUACGUUAAUCGCUUAUGGCUUCACCAUACUGUCAGGUCUAACAGUUUUUAUCGACUGCUCCAGAUGUUAUUACAAAGUGCCUAACCUUUUGAAUAUAUUGUAGUUGUGAUGCAACCUCAGCCUUUUUAGUGCAUCAACACUAGAGAGAGUGAACUGAACAAGCUGUAAGGUGUAACCGAAACUACAAGGUGUUACGAUCGCAAGCCUUAAAAAAGCAGAUACAGUACCUUUGAUUUCACGUUAUAGGUUUUAAAUGGUAAUGAGAGAAUGAUCGCUUUCGUUUUUUAAUUCUUGUCUCCUCGAUUGACUUUUUGUACAAUUUUAGUACUUGAAUGAAAGUUGGAAAUUCCAUUACCAAAAGCAUAUAUUAGUAAGGGGUGACUAUAAAAAACUGCAGUAGUUGUAUAUUGGUCCUGAUGAGACUUUAUAACCACAGUUAUGAAAAUGCAUGUAAAAAAAAAAUAGUUCAAUCUGAUUAACUGCGGUUAUCGCGAUAGAAACAUUUACAAUGUACAUUCCCAUCCCAAUGAAGAUGCUCAGCUGAGACUGUGUUGCCGUUUCCUUUCUGUUUGAUCUUUACGAUUACAUGCAAAAAUGAGAAAUGGAGCGAAAGCUGAAAAGUGCUUUGCUUGUGUAGCAGGUUGUUUGAUGUGAUUGUGUGUUGAGUUGUGUUGAGUCAGGGUCCUGGCACCAGUACAGUGGGCUGGUCUGUGUUAAGGUUAAACUUUCCCCUCCAUGGCACUCCUCCAAGCAUCCAUAUACACACUCGCAGCUUUCAUUCUGCCGCCGUAACCCAGCUGCCGGCUGUAUAGAAAUAUGGCCGGAUCGCUUUUAUCAGUCUGGUAAUAUGAGAGGAAUAUUUAGCCACCUUGACCGCUGAAUGGAGAAGGUGUGGCUGUCAAUGACAGAAUAAGCUGCUGUAUUGGGACGCGGUUGAGAAUGGAGGAUGUGAGUGAUAUCAUUUGUUUUGGGCUAAUGAGCUCUCUCCAUUAUAUAACAUGAGUUUUACACUAAAGUAAAAUCUUGGAGAGUCCUUUCCUCGUCUACUGGUGUGUCAGGACCGCUGACAGCAAAUGCAUUUUCUUUAAAACUUUGUUUAUGUAGGGCUAUGCAACAAGAUGACACUUUAAAAACAUGUACUUUGUUCGUUUUGUAGCUUUACCUGCUGGGAAACCCAGAUUCAGGCUUUAGCAUGGUAGUGACCAAAUCUUUUUCAUAUAAAAAUGUCGAAAAUGUAUAUUUUAGAAUGCAUAAAGGCACAAUGAUUAAAAAGCAGAAAUCAGCAAAACACAAAUAUAUUACAAAAAUGCAAUGUUUAUGUAUGUGCAUGCACCAGAGAUGUCAAGUUUGUCAGGGGAAAAACAUUUCCAAGCAACUGAUAUUUUUCUACACACACUGUGGGACUGAAGGAUGUGCUGAACAUUUGCUGCUGAUGUUGUUGUUGUUGCAUUGUUCAUGUGUAACUGUGGCACAAAUCUUUGCACUGCGAGCACAUCCAUCAAUCGUUGUUCGGCAUUGUGGAUCAAGACUGUGAUUCUGUCGAUGAACUCAUUACUUCGGCUUCCCUUUGAUUCGGAUAAAGAACAUAUUCACCAACCAAAUGUAUUGCCAAAAUCGGACUUGCUAUGUUCCCCUGCACCAACCAAGCUUAACGUGGCUGUUUCCUUGGAAAGAUUAAUGUUUGCAUGGUCUAAAAAAUGUAUGUGCAUGUUGAAAUACCCAUGGUUUAUCUUCAUACUUUUUGAUACAGUGUAUUCUUUUUUUUUUGGUUAGAUUUUUUUAAACAACCUUUGAUAUGAAUUGGGGAAUUUGAUGAAAAGCAAAAAAAUAAAAAAGUUUAUAGAUAAAAGAGAACAGUAUUGAACUAUCUUGACAGCUCUGUUCAUGCUUACGAGCUGGGACUUUCUUUAUCUGCUACCGACUGACUGUUUGUUGCCUGAUUUCUGUUUCAUGGCCAGACUUUGAAAUCUGCAGUUUCUACUACACCAUUUUGUAUGAAGCAAAGUCCUUGAA